ACCAUCAGGCACCAGCUGGUACCAUCCCCCACUGCAUUUUCUUGCUUUUGUUUGUAUCUCACCAAAGUUACCACCUUUGCUUUAUAUAGUCCCAAACCAUUUCAGCCUUUAUUGCAUUAGCAAACUCUUCAAGAACCCAUUUUCUCUCUGAGUUCCUCUGCUUGAGGUCAGUGUCCUUUGGUCUCAGGCUGCAGCUUUUUCAGGUUUUCUGGAAUUUGGAGAAUCUGGUCAGAUACAGAAAGUAUCAUUCAAUUUUUGGAACAAUGGAACUUCCUGUGGUUUUCAUGGCUGUACUGGUUCUGUGUUCAUCAGCAGCAUAUGCUCAAACUGCCCCAUCUCCCUCGCUAACCCCUACUCCAGCGCCAGCCCCAGCCCCUGAAUUCGUGAACCUCACAGAUUUGUUCUCUGUGGCCGGCCCAUUCCACACCUUCCUUGGCUACCUUGAGUCAACCAAAGUGAUUGAGACAUUCCAAGACCAAGCCAACAAGACUGAGGAAGGCAUAACCAUCUUUGUCCCCAAAGAUAGUGCUUUCGCAUCUCUUAAAAAAUCUUCUCUGUCCAAUCUCACCGCUGACCAGCUCAAAUCUCUGUUUCUAUUCCAUGCUUUGCCACAUUACUACUCUUUGGCCGAUUUCAGAAACCUCAGCAAUAUGAGCCCCGUGGCUACAAUGGCCGGGGGACAAUACAGUUUGAACUUCACUGAUGUUUCAGGCACUGCACAUCUUACCUCGGGAUGGUCAGUCACAAAAGUGAGCAGCAGUGUGCAUUCCACAGACCCUGUUGCUGUUUACCAAGUUGACAAGGUUCUUCUUCCGGAGGCAAUCUUCGGUACUGACAUUCCCCCAACCGCAGCCCCAGCACCAGCUCCGGAAAUUGCUCCAGCUGCAGAUGCUCCAAAAGCCGCAGACAGUGAUGACUUGUCUCCAGGAUCCUCACCAGAUAAAUCUUCUUCUUACAGAAUUAUGAGUUGGGGUCAAUUGGUUUUGGCAAUCUCAGGUGGACUGGUCCUUUUCUUGUGAGGAAAGGAGCUUUGAAAAAUUGAAAUCUUUAAGUUAAGAGGCGGAUUUAUUGGUAUUUUGCUCAAUUGGUUUGAUUUGAAACCAUUUUUUCUGGACAUAUGUGUUACUGAAUGAAUCUCUUAUGCGUAUGAGAAAUUUGAGUUCUGGUAUGAGUAAAUGGCAUAUUGUUUGAUCUAUUGUUUAUACAGAAGAAUAUAUUGGUUUGUAUUUUGUUUCCUA